AUGUAUUCUUUAUCAACAUCAACAUCAACUACAAUUUAUGUUGGAAAUAUUCAAUCAAUUAAAGAUGAACAAUUACGAGAAUAUUUUCAACGUUUUGGUAAUAUUGAAGCUUUAUAUCAUAAUUGUACACGUGCUGCUGAUGAAUGGUUAAUUGAUUAUCGUUUUAUAAGAUUUUCAUCUGAUACAGAUAUGAAUAUUUUUUUUAAAAAUAAAAUUGAUCAUAUUAUAUGUCGAAUAGUUCUUGAUAUACAUCCUUAUGAAGCAGCUUUUCGUGAUGAAACACGUUUAAUGUUAGAUAGAAAAAUUUGUAUUGCACAUACAGAUUCAAAACUUAAUCGAAAUGCUAUUAAAAAAUCAUUUACUAGAUAUGGACGUAUAUUAAAUUGUAUAUGUACAUCAUCUGGAAAUGGUGUAGAACAUGCUUAUAUUGAAUUUGAAUCAGUUAAUUCAAUACAAUCUGUAUUUACACCUGGUCAACGUUAUUUUGCUGGUCGAACAUCACUUGCUGUUAAAAAACCAUUAAAACCUUCAGAAGCUGGAGUUAAAAUCGAAUCAAUAUCAAUUGAUGAAAAAUCUUCUAGAUCAACAUCAAUAUCAAAAUAUUCAUAUUGUCGUCCAAGAUUAAAUUCAAAUGUUGAAACAGCACAAUAUUCAUCUUUUUUAGUUAAUCAUCAUAAUAGAAUUAUUGAAAAUGAAUUUCGUACAUCAACUCUUAUUCCUAAUCAAUUAUUAGAUCUUUCAUCGGAAUCACAACAUCGAAUAUCAUCACCAUUCAAUAUUCAACAAUCAGAUAAUAAUAUUGAAUCAUCACUAACAAGCAGUCAACAAGAAUUAAAAGAUUAUGAACAUGAAUAUGAUUUAAUUAUUCGAAAAGAUUUCGAUGAAAUAACAUAUCAAAUUGAUAAAUUUUUACAGAAUCAAAAAAAAUCUUAUAAAAAAUUACGUCAAUUUAUUCUUAAUGAACUUCAUUCACAAUCAAGUUCAUCAUCAAGUGAUGAAGGUGAAAUUGAAUCAUCAUCAUCAGAAUCAUCUAUUAUCCCCGAAAAUAUUGCAUACAAUCAUAAAAAACGACUUAGAUCUCAUCAUUAA